GCGCGCGCGUAACAUCGGAAGCUUUGUCUGUGCCAGUGGCUCCUAUAUACUUUGGUCACAUAACAUCCACCAUAUGAGUGAGCAUUGAGAUAAAAGACAACCACAUUGCCAUUACCAAGAUGUUGCUGCCAUCGUGUCGAUGGAGGACUUGGUUCCUUGGCAUCUAUCUGUGCUGGACUUUUGCUGUAGUGGAGUCGCAGCUACCUGAUCCCAAUUUCAAGGAGCCAAUUACGAAUGUGACGGCGCCCGUCGGCAGGGAAGCCAUUCUCGCCUGCACUGUGCAAGAUCUUGCCAGCUUCAAGGUCGCCUGGCUGCGCGUCGACACGCAAACGAUACUGACGAUAGCGAGUCACGUGAUAACGAAAAACCACCGGAUAGGCGUGAGCCAUAGCGAGCACCGCACCUGGUUCCUGCACAUAAAGGAGGUGAAGGAGACCGAUCGUGGCUGGUACAUGUGUCAGAUCAACACCGACCCGAUGAAGAGCCAAAUCGGUUACCUCGAUGUCGUCGUUCCACCAGACAUAAUAGACUAUCAGACUAGCACUGACAUGGUGGUGAGAGAGGGGACCAACGUUACAUUACGCUGCGCUGCCACGGGCUCGCCGGCACCCACUAUAAAUUGGCGCCGAGAGGACGGACGUCAGAUUUCCCUCAGCAAGACCGAGCAGGUGCAAAGCGUCGAAGGCUCGACGUUCAACAUUACAAAGGUGAAUCGACAACACAUGGGACCAUAUUUGUGCAUAGCAUCGAAUGGUGUACCGCCGACAGUCAGCAAAAGAAUUACCCUCGUGGUACAAUUUCCGCCGAUGAUUUGGAUACAGAAUCAACUGAUCGGUGCGCGAGAAGGUCAGCAAAUCACGCUGGAGUGCAUUUCCGAGGCCUAUCCGAAAUCCAUCAACUACUGGACUCGCGAUAAGGACGAGAUUGUACCACAAGGUGGAAAAUACGAACCAGUUAUCAUAGACAGUGCGUAUAAAGUGGUCAUGAAGCUAACGAUAAAGUCUGUGAGUGCCUCAGACUUUGGCUCUUACAAAUGUGUAUCUAGAAAUUCCCUCGGGGACACCGACGGCAGUAUCAAACUAUACCGAAUACCUGCAAGCUCUGGAUAUCAUGCGACUGAUGUGGAGAUUUCGAAACAUAAAGGUAAGCAGAGAAAGAAUGCCGGAAACAACUAUCUCGAGGGAAAUCAGGAUAUGCUAAAAGAGAGAAAUUCAAGCCAGCGGAGUCGUAAAGAAGACGAGGACAACGAGGAGGAUUACUAUAGCUCGGGAGAGGCAAGGUGUCGACUGCCCAGCCCAGGGGCUGUAGCUGCCUGCGGCCUUAUGCUGCUUUUGCUGCUGCUGCCGCCUCGACAUCAACCGCAGCUGCGACCGACCUGAGAGGCCAAGCAACCACGACAUCUUCAGCUUCCACGACCACGCCAGCCACACCAACAGCCCACUAUUGCUGCUGAGUCGGACUUUUAUUAUUUUUAUUUUCAUCAGCCUCGACUGAGCGAUCGUGUCUCUUUUUUCUUUCCGUUUUAUUUAUUCAUAUAUGGACAAUGGGGAUGGCAGUGACAUUAUUUAUUGUUUCUGUUUUCUCUAAGAAACAGUUCAAUGUACAAAGAAGUACUGACGAAAAUCUUUCAACGUAUGUAUAACGUAUACUGCCUUUAUAUUCAAACUACCAAUUUAGUAAAGUAUGAUAAAUUGUUACGAAUGCCACUUAAUAUUAUCAAAUACGCGAUACUGUAUAUAUAAGCAUAAAUACUUGAUCUGUAUAUCCUACCAUGCUUUACGCUGCAUUCUAGAGAUUUUUUUAACAAGUAUUUAAAAUCUUUUCAGUCAAUUAAAUGGCAUAUUUUAUUUCAUUAAUCAUUCCAUGAUUAAAUUUAUGCAUGAUAUUUGCGAAUAAAAAGAAAAAUGUUUCUAAAUUCUUUCAAUUUUGAGAAAUUCAUAAAAGCGGUAUAAAAUUAAUCUGUUCUAUAUAAUAAAAGAAUAUAAUGACUGGAAAGAUUUCCAAGCAAAACGGAGCGAAAUACAAAAAUUAUAUUUUUUGGGUAAAGGAAUGUUAUAUAAAUGCAUGUAGGACCUAUUUUGAACUCCAAAUAUGAUAAAUGCUCGUAUUCCCACUGGGCUAGCGAGAUAUCGACAUGUAUAUAACCAUGAAAAAGAAUGUGAGAGUUCGGCUUUUUAAUAUAAUGCAAUGCAAUGAACGGUCGAUGUAAAUACUCUCAAUUACCUUUCAGUUUGGUUAGUGCCGCCCUUCAAUAUUUUUACUUCAGAUCAUUUUUGAUUGAACGAUAUAUAGUAAGCAUUUAAUUUGCAUUUAAAAAUAAGCUUCAAUGUGUUGCGGAAUAAUAUAGUGAAACAUAUUUUUGUGUGAAAGAGAUCAAGACUCAUGUAAGUUACGUCGAAAGCUGUUGAACUACGAAUAGGUGUGAAAGAGAACUGAAAUGAGGUAUUCAGUAACCGCAUCAAUCUUUACCAUGAAAAUACUCUUGAGAGUACCUUUCAAACAUCAAUCUAUGUAAACGAAAAUACAUUUAAUGGUAGAAAGAAGAAAUCCGCGAUUUUUAUUUUUUUGAAUGCGAGUAGAGUACGUAUCUGAUAUAUCUCACGUCGCUGAUAUACACGCCUGUGACAGUGAUUCGCGAAAAAGAUAUGCGGCUAACGAAAAGUUGGAAUAAAAAGUAUGCUGCGAGACAGGGUAUUGAAAAGAAACGUGUAAGAAAGAAUGGAAGAGCAUCAAAGGUAGCUCGCACGAGCUCCAGACACUCGUCAACAUUUUUCAGCCGGCUCCGUCGAAAUGUCAAUUGAAAGGCAUGGAAAAAGUAGUUCACGAGUACGCGCAACGGUAGCGACGGAAUCGUAGACAGACAAUCGCGAAAAAGGCAAACGUUACGCUCUCUUUGAGCUCAUAUGUAUCUUUAAUGCGUCUCUUUCUCACUCUUUCAAAUAAAAUUCAAAUAUGUUUCCGGUGAAUUGAUACGAUAAUUCUGGUGACGCAUACGGGAUCAUGUGAAUAGAUAUACGCAUAAGUACUUUAUUCGAAUGAAACUGGAACAAUUAUCAUCUAAAAUGGACAGAGAAAAAGAGAGAGAGAUAUUGUCAUUCACUUUUAAAGAGCUUUAGAAAACACGCUGUAUUAAGGCGAACUCGAAAAGAAAAAAGUCUCCUUGCAUGAGAAUGAUUCACACAACUGCUAUAGUGUAAGAGCCCCCAACUGAAUUCGCAAUAAAACGUUUCAAAUAUCCUGAUACAAUCGCAGCAGCCAGCGAAUCGACACCGAAAAAUUCGUGCGCGCAACUUCCAUAUCAAGGGGAAUUCACUGACACAGAGAACGAGAAAGUGUCGGGUAGAUAGUAGGUGGGGGGGGGGAGGAAGAGAAGAGUAGCUGCUGCAGGGCUUUGGAAAAUAUCAACCAAAAAAUGCGUUCACGGACCAUCAAACGCGCGAAUUUGAGCGCUUACAAUGCGUACGCACGGCGCAUGACGCACAUACACAAAUCGCUCGUGCGACUCAAUGCGAAAUAAACUCCACCCCGGAUACUUAGGCGACCUAGGCGCAGAACUAAAGCCGCUCAUUGUCAGUUGAGACGUCCUGGCUUUUAUAUAUUACUAGGGGUGUGCAACGCACAUAGACCGGGGAAUAAAUAAAUCUGUACGCGCGUGCUGCGCGCUUUGUUCGUCAGACCAACCCUCCCAAGCUCACGCUUUUUUUUCCUUUCUCUCUCUCUCUCUCUCUCUCUCUCUCUUUCUCUACUGCGUUGUGCAUGCUGCACAUUCUUAGUAUACUGAUAAUAAUUAUUGCGAAUCCGACAGCCGGAACAGGCACGUCACUCGCAUUCGAGGGUGCACGCUCAGGCUUCUCUAUUCUUUUUCUUUUUAUCGCGUGCUGCUGGUGCUGCUAUUGCUCGGGGUUUUCGGUUCCACUUCGCCAAGCCAUGAUUAUUCCAAAUUCUCUGUCCUAAAAUUGUUUCAAUAAGAAUCGAAUUGAUUAAAACAUUUUUUCAUUUUUACUUUGCCAUGUUUAGAUUUCGUACAAAUAUGCGAAUCACAGAAGUAUAUGGAAAAUUGAAGAAAUGAAAAAUUUUCAUAUCUUUAACCGAUCAGCGAAUUAAGAAAUAACUAGAAUUGUUUUACACUUGAAUAUAGAUAAAUUUGAUAAUUUAUCAUUAUUUGAUAUUAAAGAUUGAGCUCCCAAGGAA